AUGUUGAUACGGGGUUUGAGCAUUGGUAAAGGCCCUUUGUUAAGGAGGUUUUAUCGAGUAAGCUCGAUUCUGCAAAAUGUCAAGGGUGAUAAUAUAGUUAGUGAUUCAAAUUUGGUCAAUGUUGGUAAGAAAUGGGAAAAUAAGGUUAGAGAUUGUGUUGAAUUGAAAAAUGAUAGUAGUUCUAAGGAUAUAUAUGUUCUAUCAAUGUUUCCGUAUCCUUCAGGUACUUUACAUUUAGGACAUUUACGUGUGUAUGUUAUUAGUGAUGUACUAAACAGGUUUUAUAAACUUAAUGGUUACAAUGUACUUCAUCCAAUGGGUUGGGAUUCAUUUGGUCUGCCUGCAGAAAAUGCUGCUAUCGAAAGAAGAAUUAACCCUGCGGAUUGGACUAUUCAAAAUAUCUCUAAAAUGAAGGAUCAAAUGAAAUGUAUGUUGGCUAAUUUUGAUUGGGAUAGAGAAUUGAGUACUAGUAGUCCAGAAUAUUACAAGUUUACUCAAUGGAUCUUUUUGCAAUUAUUUAAACAAGGUUUAGCUUACAGAAAAGAGGCCGAAAUCAAUUGGGAUCCUAUAGAUCAAACUGUUCUAGCUAAUGAACAAGUUGAUGCAGAGGGACGCUCUUGGAGAUCUGGUGCUAUCGUUGAAAAAAAGUUAUUAAAACAAUGGUUCUUGGGAAUUACGAAAUUUGAGAAACAGCUAAACCAUGAUUUAAAUUCUUUGACAAAUUGGCCAACAAAAGUCAAGGCAAUGCAGAAACAUUGGCUUGGGGAAUCACAUGGUACUGAUAUCAUCUUCAAAUUGAAUGGUGAACAUCUAAAUUCUGUUGAGAUUUUUACCACCAGAGCAGAAACAAUUUUUACAGUGCAAUUUUUGGCAUUAUCUUUGAACCAUGAGAUAACCAAAUAUUUCUCAGAAAAAGAUUCAAAUCUAAAGCAAUUUCUGGGGAAAACGUUUCUUGAGGACUCAAAGGAAGGUUAUCGAAUAAAUGAAUUAUAUGCAAUUAACCCAAUUACAAAAGAAAAAAUACCUGUAUUUGUUGCUCCUUAUGUGCUGGACACUUAUGGACAUGGAGCUGUAAUGGGCUGUCCUGCCCAUGACGAACGUGACCGCGAAUUUUGGUUAACAUUAGGUAAUAAGCAUAUUAAAGAACCUUGUUAUGGUAUGCCUUUAGAUAAUGCUGAUCUUAAGUCAAACGGGAAUUCAAAAAGCGGUGAAAUGAACGCUACCACUUCUGAAUUCCAAGGAAUGUCUUUCAAGUCAUGUAGACAAGAGAUUACCUCCAAACUAAGUACAUUGGGUUUGGGCAAAACUGCUGUUAAAUAUAAGCUAAGGGAUUGGUUGAUAAGUAGACAGAGGUAUUGGGGAACGCCUAUCCCUAUCGUGCACUGUUCUGAUUGUGGACCUGUGCCUGUUCCAGAAGACCAAUUACCUAUUUUGUUACCAAAGGUACCAACUUUAACAAAGAAAGGUAAUCCACUAGCAGAUGUGCCAGAAUUCGUUAAUACUAAAUGCCCAAGUUGUGGAAAUGCAGCUAAAAGAGAAACAGAUACAAUGGAUACUUUUAUUGAUAGUUCAUGGUAUUACUUUAGAUUUACUGAUCCAACAAAUGCAAAAUUACCUUUUUCUAAAGAAAAUGUAAAUAGAUACAUGCCAGUGGAUUUGUAUAUUGGUGGUGUCGAACAUGCAAUUUUACAUCUGCUAUAUUCGCGUUUCAUAGCGAAGGCUUUAGGUACAGCUGGUUUUUGGGAUGGAGCCAGUGUUAACUAUGAGCCUUUCAAAAAGUUGAUUACCCAAGGUAUGGUACAUGGGAAAACGUAUAAGGACCCUAAUAAUGGUAGAUUUUUGAAACCAGACGAAAUUGAAAUUGUAGAAAAUUCUAAGAACUCUGUAAUAAUCAAAAGCACUGGAGAAGAACCUGAUGUUUCCUUUGAAAAGAUGUCAAAAUCAAAGUAUAAUGGUAUUGAUCCUACUAAAUUUAUUGCAAAGCAUGGUCCAGACGCUACUAGGGCUCAUAUUUUAUUCCAAGCUCCUAUUGAGAAUAUCUUAAAUUGGGAUUCCCAAAAAAUUGUUGGUAUUGAGCGUUGGUUAAAUAAGUUGAUCAAUUUAACAAACCAAAUCACAGCAUUGGCUUCAUUUGAUGAGAAAUUUAGCACACCUGAUGUUUUAUCUGGUCCAAACGCCAAAUUUCAUAAUGAAUUUCAAACUUUAGUUCAUUCAAUAACAAUAUCUUUUAAAGAUAAUAUUUCAUUAAAUACUGUUUUC